AGUUCACCGACUCUGAACCCCGGUUCAGCUUCAGCAGUGACGCACCGGUGAUAUUUAACAAAAGUUAGGUAUAUACUGUGCGUCCAUAUACGGACGGGAAUAAGAAGACAAGACCGAAUUAAAAUACAGGAUAGGAUUUAUUCUUGUCAUAAUAAUAUCCCAUUGGUACAGUCAGAUAUGCUAAUAUACUGUAGUACAUCCAACUUAAAAUGUGUCCAACACACUUUUUUAAAUUAUCUUAGAUCACAACACAUAUUAGUGAGUUGAAUGUUUUUUAUUUCGACUUUUAUUUAAAUGAAAGAACGCCUUAUCCGCCCGAGAUUUUCCCUUUGUGCAAAUACCCAUCUCAUUUAUUUACUAUGACGUUGGCAUUUUCGCCGAUACGAAUUAUUAAUGUGGACAGGAUCAAAUAGUUGGAUGUACCCUUUCUCACAAGAUUUUGGGUUUUGCCUAAUUUACUAAAUUGACGGUUGUUAAGUUACACCCCUGCAUCUGAAGUACAUAAAUAUUAUAUAUUAGUUAAAAAAAUUAAAAAAAAACAUAUGAAGUUUUACCAUAUUUUUUAUAGUUAAGCAGGAGUGAAAGACACUGCCAAGCGAAUCCUUAAUUGAAACUCCUUAAAAAUGCAAGUAGUGUAUUUUAUCAUAUCUUUAUCAUACUUUCCCUACGCCCGCGGUCUCCAGUAAUAUCUUAGUUUGCAUUACUGACUUCGCAAUAUCCCCACCCAGUACUACCCUCUGCAAACUGUAUUUGUGUAAAAAAAAAAAAAAAAAAAAAUCCACAAGGCAAAACAGGGCCAGACCAUUCUGUAAUACAAGGAAUCAUUUUAGAUUAUAUAUAGGUUAAACGUUUAGGCUGUUUAUCCAAUGCAUGUUACAAACGUGGCGUAUUUAUAAUACUGACUUAUAUACAUAGUCGACCGGUCUAAGUGGAGUGAGUGUUAAAUUUGGCUUGUUAUGUUUUUCGGCAUACCUCUGAUCACUAGUGGUUGAUUCUUCCUGCUGCCAUGUUGGAUUGUGAUCCCGAUGCUGCUGGGAGUUCCGAUUAAAGUUUAGAUUUUUCUGUCUUCUUGAGAUCUGAGUUCCUGAGACACGCCAGGGUGUAGAGGGGCUACCGAUAUUUUAUUACCGAACUACAAAAACAGCAGAUCAUAAACUCUCCACCUUCCCCUGGGCUCUAAACAACACCAGCAUCAAUGAGCAGACCUGGAGCCAAGGCCACGCUGACGAAUGACUGAACAUAUUUGAUACAGUUCAUUAAUGUUAUAAAUUGUUUAUUAUUAUUUAAAAAAAUAAAAUAAAAAAAUGAACAACCAGCAUCCUCCACCGCCGCGGCGGGUUGCCAAUAACACUUCGCUGCUCCUAACUCCACAAGAGAACGACUGUCUCCAGAAUUACCUCGGCAGGAAAUGCAUCACUUUGUCUUCUGCUGUAGUUCAAGUAUAUACAGCUGACCGUAACUCAGUGUGGUCAAAGAAAUGCUGUGGUGUUGCUUGCCUUGUGAAGGACAAUCCACAAAGGUCUUAUUUUAUCAGAGUAUAUGAUAUUAAGGAUGGGAAGAUACUGUGGGAGCAGGAACUCUACAACAACUUCUCAUAUAAUCAUUCCAGAUCGUACUUUCAUACAUUUGCUGGUGACACGUGUCCGACUGGACUCAAUUUUGCUAGUGAAGAAGAAGCAAAACGAUUCAGAGCAGCAGUAGGAGAAUUACUUGGGAGGCGGCAAAGGAGAACUGAAAAAAGACGUGACCCUCCAAAUGGACCUGUUCUGUUAAUGGCAACAGUUGACAUCAAAAAUCCAGAAAUCAACAAUAUGCGAUUUAAUAAUUCUCAAGUUAAUAACAUCGUGCCUGUCCACAUUAAGGACAAGAAAAAGGUCAAAGGUAAAAGAAAGAAAUUGACAAAGGCGGAUAUUGGCACUCCCAGUAAUUUCCAACACAUUGGUCACGUUGGCUGGGAUCCAAAUACAGGCUUUGAUCUGAACAAUUUAGACCCAGAAUUGAAAAACCUAUUUGAUAUGUGUGGAAUAUCAGAGGCACAGCUGAAAGACAAAGAAACUUCAAAAGUUAUUUAUGAAUUCAUUGAGAAGAAGGGAGGCGUGGAAGCUGUGAAGAAUGAGCUGCGCAGACAAGGUGCCCCCCCCCCCCCCCCCAUAUCCCCCCCACCUCCCCCUUCUAGAGGAAGCCAUCCCCCUCCUCGGGGUGGGGAGCACCCCGGUCCCCCACCCCCCUCCAGAGCACCCACAGCAGCUCCCCCACCCCCACCUCCUUAGGGGUGUGUAGGGGCACCACCACCUCCUCCACAUCCCCCAAACAGAGGUGGAGGAGGUCCACCCCCCCCCCCCGGUGCAUUCUUCUUUGGCUCCUUCAGGACCCCACCCCCCCCACCUCCACCUCCUUCUGCCCUGGAGGUGGGAAGACGGGACGUCCCGACCCGAGUCCUCCCGGCGGCCCCCCCCCCACCCCCUCCGCCACCUCCUGGACCUCCUCCACCCGGACCUCCUCCACCCUCUGGACCUACCUUGGAUGGUGACCAGUCUCCAGUAGGAACCAAGUCGGCCUUCCUGGACCAGAUCAGGGAAGGGGCCCAGUUGAAAAAGGUGGAACAGAGCAACAGGCCAGUGUCCAGCAGCACAGGAAGAGACGCACUGUUAGACCAAAUACGGCAGGGUAAACAGCUAAAGACUGUACCCGAUGGCCCAGAGUCGGCUCCAUCAGCACCAGGUCCUACUGCAGGAAUCGUAGGGGCCCUAAUGGAGGUAAUGCAGAAGAGGAGUAAAGCCAUUCAUUCUUCAGAUGAAGAUGAAGACGAAGAUGAUGAAGAGGAUUUUGAAGAUGAUGAUGAAUGGGAUGACUAGUUUAUUUCCUAGCUAAACAAAAUGAAGACACUCAAUUGUUCCUGUCUUUCUAAACCCUGUUAACAUGGUAAUGUAAAUGUUCUGUCAGUUUGCUGUAUAUCACUUUUUUAUUCCUCUAUGCAAUAUCUCAUUUAGCCUGUAAAAGUUUGUCAUAUGUAAAGUUACUCCCUAUUAACGUGUGCAAUUUUAAAUCAGGACAAAUAGACUUGACUUGCAGAUUUAAUUUUUUUUUUGUUUUUGAUCAGUGAAGUAAGGCAGUUCAAAGGCUUUCAGAAAAACUGUAAAAUUUCACGUUAAUAGGGAGUAACUUUACAUACGAUAUAUGAUUAAAUGAGAUUGCACAGAUGAAUAAUAAAAAAAUAAUGUUGUAAUUGUUAGUUAACGCAAGAUAAUGACACUAUUUUCAUACCCUACUUUUCUGUACCCUUAAAUCAUUUUCUUAUUAAAAUCUAGUAUAGCACUACAUAAAAAUAAAUAAAAAAAUGCAGCUCUUAGAAUAUUUUGCCCCUUCAUUUGCAAUGCAGCGCUACAUGAAUGCUGAUGCUGUUAUAUUUUUGCACGACUUUAAAAUAGUUCAAUACAGGAAUACAGUUACACACAAUGCUGUGUUCAGCAAUAUGCUUUAAUGGUCUGUUUAAUUCAGUACAGGAAUGCACAGCAUCCUAUAAACGUCUAUAGUACCGGUUUGUCUCUUAUACCGUGGCAAAUACUUUUCUGUUGGAGUGAGGUCGUUUUUGUUUCCAACAAUCACCCUGUAUAUCUGAUUAUGUUUGUUUUUUUUAUGUUUUUUUUUUGUACUGUACCAGUCAUCAGAAUAAAAUUAUGUGAGAAGCAGGUCAAUAUUCAUUUUUAAAAUUAAUCCUAUCUUUUUGUUGUUUAAAAACAUACAAAUUUACUACUGCAUAAUGGUUCAUUUUUAAAAGAUGCAGUAAAAACAGUGUUAAUCGUUUUACACUUGUUUGAGUUAGAUCUGCAGAACUGUGUAUUGAACCAUUAUGUUGUAAUGAGUGCAGUUUUAAACAGUAUUGUUGUACAUUGAUGAAUUUUACAAUCUUUAUUUUUCUUGGGUUUGUGAUGCAUUAGGAUACCAUAAUAUCAAACCUUCCAAAUAGGUUGGAAAAGGAAUGGACUAAUACUAAAUUGUACACUUAAAUAAAUGUGAAUAUUUA